AUGCCACGGGAUGAUGUGAUGCACAGCAUUGUCCGAGAGCUUUUUCCGACAACGGUUGGGGAGGUGGUGCGAAAUCUUGAUGACGCCACAUCCAAUACUAGCUCAUCAAUAGAAGCGGUUACCGGUAAGGAGAUAAUUAAUAUCGCUGGAGGCAUGAAACUGGGGAAAAGCACUACAGCUAGCCUGUUCUCUGAGGCCAGACUGAUUUUGCUCCUCAAACCAGGCAAGAAUCCGAGCGAACCUGCUUCAUAUCGGCCAAUCUGCCUCAUCGACAAUGCAGGAAAAAUGUUGGAGAGGAUUAUAUGCAUGCGUUUGGAGCGAGCUAUCGCCACGGGAAGGGAUCUAUCGCCAAACCAAUUUGGCUUCCGCAAGGCCAGAUCGAUAGUCGUCUUGGGCCCUCUUCUGUGGAAUGCCAUGUAUGACAGCAUCCUGAAAUUAAUUCCCCCACCGAUUACGCACAUGGUAGGAUUCGCAGACGACAUUGCAGUCCUUGUCGUGAGAAAAGAGCUGAAGCAGGCUGAGACGGUUUGCAAUUAG